AUGGCUUGUGUUGCUUUGGCCUCUCUGAUGGCAACAAUUAAGCUUGAGUUUCUACAACCAAAUAAUCCAAGCAGGGUUCCUCUUGAUGAUGAAGGGCCCGGGUUUAUAUCAAUGGAAUCUUUGUAUGAAAAGCUUUCAUCUUUGCAAGCUUUUGUGCAGGAGAAAUCUGGGGCAAGGGGUGGCACUGCAAUCAGAGAUUUGGAGAUGAAGAUCAGAGACUUUGCACUGGAUGCUGAAGACCGCAUCGAAAUGCAACUAAGCAACUUUCUUCUGGCCAAAAACGGAGAGGACCAACAAAAAGCUUAUUAUCAGCAGCAACUCCAUCAAACCUUGGGAGAAGUUGCAGAAAACGCAGCGGAGUUGCUGGAAAAAAGCAAGGAAACUGAUGAUAAACAAGUGGUGAAUGAAAGUGAAGGACCACUGAUUCCUUGGUUAGAACAUGCAUCCAUUUCGGAGCCCAGCAAUUUUAUGGUCGGUCGUCGCCGUGAUCAUGUGCAGAUAAUGGACAAACUCAUCAGGGGCUCUGAGAAACUAGAAGUGGUCACAAUUGUUGGGAUGGCCGGCAUUGGGAAAACAACUUUAAUUAGUAGUGUCUAUAAUGAUCCAUCAGUUGCAUCGCAUUUCGAUGUACGAGGUUGGGUUUCUAUGCCUGGGGCUGCAGGGGGAUACAACCGGAUCCAAAUGCUACACACCCUUCUUUGGACAUUACUAGCAGGGACAGAAGAAAUAAAAAAGGGAAGGAUUCCUGAUCGUGUAGUACCUGUGAGGCUACGCAAACGCUUGCAAGGUAAGAAAUAUCUAAUUGUUUUAGAUAACUUAUGGAACAAUCAAGCUUGGCAUGAUAUAAGAAGAUGUCUUCCUGCUAAGAGUUAUAAUUUUAAAAGAAGUCGCAUAGUGAUAACCACUACGCAUUUCAGAUCUGAUUAUACUAACUCAAGUAGAAAUAUUCAUAACAUGACUUUGCUAAAUCCAGAAGAAAGUUGGACUUUGUUUUGCAAUAACCCUUUUCUCAAACUGGAGAAACAUAAGGCACCACCUAUAUUUCAAAAAAUUAGGAGCCAAGUUGUAGAGAUAUGCGAUGGAUUGCCAUACACAAUUCUUGUAAUUGCAAAACGUCUAUCUAAGUGUGACAACAUAAGACAAGAAUGGAAUAAGGUUGAAAAGGAAAUAGAGUUGCUUGGAGUUCUAGAUAGGAGGGCACUGACUCACACUUACAAUCAAUUGUCACAACACUUAAAAGUUUGUUUUCUAUAUUUUGGAGUCUUCCCAAAACGCAGUGCAAUCAGAGUCAAACAACUUAUUAGACUAUGGACUGUCGAGGGAUUUGUGAAUCCAUUGGAGCACGAGGGGUUAGAAAAUCAAGCUUAUGAGUAUUUACAAGAGCUUAUUGAUAGAAGUCUUAUUUUAAUCGAAACUCGGAGUUCUUUUGGAAAAAUUCAGAAUUGUAGGAUGCAUAGUGCCUUGCAUAGCUUUUAUAAUACCGAUGAAAUAUAUGUAUCUUUCAAGUUGCUAAGAGUUUUGGCUUUUGUUCCAUCUUCAUUUCUUCAAAGAGUGCCAGCACGCUUACAUGAAUUAGUUUUCUUGAGAUACCUAUCUGUUACAGAAUGGUUUGAGGGCCUUGAUUAUGUAGUGUCAACCAAUCGAAACUUGCAGACACUUGUUGUUUCUGGUAAAGAAUCCCAAUUUGGAGCACCUACUCUCCACUUGCCUUGUACAAUUUGGGAGUUACCGCAGUUACGACAUCUUGAGCUUGACAAAUCUUAUGUGAUUGAUCCUCCAAGCAUGGUUAAAGAUAAUAUGCGAACAUUAUCUUGGGUGUGUUCAACUCAUUGUAGAGAAGGAGUAUAUUACAGGUUUCCAAACAUUGAAAAAUUGAAAGUUUUUGUAUUUAGCAGCAAUAAUCUUAUUUUUUUGGAUAAUCUUGAAUAUUUGGAACGACUUGAGAGGCUAUCAAUUUCAGUACGGUUUGGUUGUGUUGUAACUCUUCCAAAGCCACCUAUGUUUCCUUCACACCUAAAGAAGUUGAGGUUGAAUGGUACAAACCUUUCAGAGAGGGAUUUAAAGACAAUUGAAAUGUUGCCUCAGCUUGAGGUUCUCAAAUUGGAAAAUGCCUUUCAUGGAAAAGUAUGGGAAGUAGAAGGAUUUUUUCAAUUAAAAUUCUUGCUUCUUGAAAAUAAAAUGCUGGAGCAAUGGAUGGUGGGUGAUGUAUCCUUCCCACGUCUUGAGCACUUAGUCUUAAGGUUUUGUUAUUGUUUAGAAAAAAUCCCUGAGGAUAUAGGAAGCAUUUUCUUGAAGUCAAUUGAGUUGCAGCGGUGUUGUCCGUCCGUUGUCACUUCUGCAAAGCGUAUUCCAGAAUAUCAACGCGAUGAGUAUGGAAUCGAAUUUGUUGAGAUCAAAAUCAAUGGAGAAGAGUCUAUACCUUAAGAUGAUGAAUAACAAGCUAAGCUAAGGUAUGGAUGCUAGAAUUGAAUGACAAAAUUUGGUUGCCAACUAUAUAUAUAUUCUUAAUUUUUUGCAUCCUCAAUCUUUAUGUUAUCUGUCCUUU